CUCAGUCCCUCGGCCCCGCCCCGAAGUUUGAGGGGUGUGGAUGGUUUGUGACCCCCCUCACCCGACUCUACUGCUAACGGGCUAGGAGAACUGGGCUUAGGCACGGCGGUCGGGACCUGGCAGCCUUUCGGCUCGGGGGGGCCCACGGACCUCUCUCCAGCGCCGCGAGAAUAGGACCGCCCAAACAUCGAGCCUUCGUCUCAAAAAAGACGGGGCGGGGACCCCUCCUCACCGCGCGAUCAGGGUUGCUCACAGGUAGAGAAGAGAGCAAAGGCCUCUGAGGCGGAAGGCUUGGGGUCCGCCCGGCUCUUGCCCACGAAACUUCCCUGUGCCAGUUGUUUUCGCCUCUGUUUGCUGCCGUUUCUUUUUCUGUAAAUUAGGGUUAAUGACAUUAACCUUACCAUCAGGGGUUAGUUGUGGGAGUGAUAAAUAAUUGGUACCAUUUAUUUAUUGAACAAUUUGCAAUGUGCCAGACACUGUGCUAAGUAUUUUGCUUCAAUGAUUUCUCGUCAUCUUCAAAACAACCUUGUGAGCUUGGACCCAGUCAGCAGCCAGGCCAUGGAACUCUCUGAUGUCACUCUCAUUGAGGGUGUGGGUAACGAGGUGACUGUUGUGGCAGGUGUGGUGGUGCUGAUUCUAGCCUUGGUCCUAGCUUGGCUCUCUACCUACGUAGCAGACAGCAGUAGCAACCAGCUCCUGGGCACUAUUGUGUCAGCUGGUGACACAUCCGUCCUCCACCUGGGGCAUGUGGACCGUCUGGUGGCAGGCCAAGGCACCCCAGAGCCAACUGAACUCCCCCAUCCAUCAGAGGGUAAUGAUGAGAAGGCUGAAGAGGCUGGCGAAGGUGGGGGAGACUCCACAGGGGAGCUUGGAGCUGGGGUUGGUGUUGAGCCCAGCCUUGAGCAUCUGCUUGACAUCCAAGGUCUGCCCAAAAGACAAGUGGGCCCAGAGAGCAGCAGUCCAGAGGCACCCCUGCGAUCUGAGGAUAGCACCUGCCUCCCUCCCAGCCACAGCCUCAUCAAUGUGCGGCUCAAAUUCCUCAAUGACACCGAGGAGCUGGCUGUGGCCAGGCCUGAGGAUACUGUGGGUGCCUUGAAGAGUAAAUACUUCCCUGGACAAGAGAGCCAGAUGAAACUGAUCUACCAGGGCCGCCUGCUGCAGGACCCAGCCCGCACCCUGCGUUCCCUGAACAUUACUGACAACUGUGUGAUUCACUGCCACCGCUCACCACCAGGGUCAGCUGUUCCAGGCCCCUCAGCUUCCCUGGCCCCCUCCUCGGCCACUGAGCCACCCAGCCUUGGCGUCAGUGUGGGCAGCCUCAUGGUGCCUGUGUUUGUGGUGCUGUUGGGUGUGGUCUGGUACUUUCGUAUCAAUUACCGCCAUUUCUUCACAGCACCUGCCACUGUUUCCCUGGUGGGGGUCACUGUCUUCUUCAGCUUCCUAGUAUUUGGGAUGUAUGGACGAUAAGAACACUGGGAGAAUAUGAAAGGCAUGGUCUUCCUCCUUUAUGGCCUCCCCCGUUCCUGCCAGAGCUGGGCCCAAGGGCCUGGGAGGGAGGGGUGGAAAGGAUGUGGUGUGUCCUCCAUGGGGCAUUGGAGGCAGGUAUGGGGCCUCCCCUUCACUUCCAUGAGGGUAGGGACAUCCCCUCUGUGUAAGCACAACUCAGGUAGAAACAAAGAUGUCAUCUUCCUUCACUUUUAGGGCUCUGAAGUUCAGCAUCGAGUUGGUGACCCAGCUCAUUGGGGAGCCUGGGCUCUGAGGAUUCCCUCCCAGCUGUGGGCCUAGCUCUUCCCAUUGUCCUGCAUGUUUGCCUCUCAGCACCCAGGGCUGCCUGCUAGGGCAGCUCAUCACGGCCCCAGCCAUACUUCUGUGGGGAGCCUGGAGCAUCUCCAGUUCCUUAGGGGAAUAUCCAUCUCGAGAUUAAAAUCACACAGGCAGGAAUGAAGUUUGUGUCAGCUUUCCCUAUAGGCACCUUGGCACCUCUGCCUUCUCCUUCCUCCACCCCUGUAGCAGGAUAGGGUGUUCUUCACAUUCUGGACAAUUUCCAGUGUUCUUUUUUCAAAGCACUUUGCUUUUUUUUUUAAUAGACCUUUAUAGAGCUCAGUGAGGAAGAGGGUGGGGCACAAGCCAAGCCCCCAGCAUUGGGAGAGGCCAGGCCACAGCUGCUGCUAACCCUAGGCCUAAGGCUGAGCUCUGGCCUUAAGCCAGUGUCCUACCCUGCCCAGCUCCAAGGACUAGCUCUGGGUAUGGAGCACAGGGCCCCAGGCUCUUGCCUCUGGAACUCCUGGAUGGAGGGUUAGUGUCUGUAGCUGAAUAAAGUUACAUUUUGUGGCUGUGGA